AUGGAAAAAUUUUUAGAUUCUUCGUUGACUCCACAGUCGAAAUCUCAUCCUCCCCUCACGGAAUCCCUGAGUUCGGAAAAUGGUAAAAAUCAAAAAAGACCCGCUCCGAAACCGCCAUCUCCGAAAGAAGAUUCGUUUCACAGAUACGAAAUCGUAUUUUCCGAUUCGGAAACGGAUGUGAAAAGAGAGGAUUCGAUCGAGCGUGAAGAGGAGCAGCAGCACCAGCAGCAGCAGCACCAGCAACAGCAAAACGUCAAAAGAGUUUAUAAAAGCACGGAAAACCUUCUGGAAUUUAUCGUUGAUCAAAGUGAAAAGAAUCAACUAUGCCCGGAGGGCCUGGAAGAACUUUCCAUACUACCUGACACGACGCCGAGGAGAAAUUUAUCAUUGUCGCAAGAUAGUUUGGUGUCUUCGGAAGUCGGGGAAUUACAAAUGAAGAAAAAAGUCAACAAGGGAAAAGUUUUCUUUCAAAAAUUAUUGCAAUUGGGAAAAGGAAAAGAUUCGAUAAAAGAAUUGAGUCCGAGGCAAAGGAGUCCGAUACAAAUGAACGGAAAACUCAAAUUGGAAAUAAUACAUCCGAACGAUUUGAACGGAUCGAGAGUCGAAGUCGUUCCUCCCGUGCGAACGUUUAAAAGUCGACGAACGUCGAGUUCGGCGAGUUCGAGUUCCGGAGAACAUAGAGAAUCUGACGUACUUUCCGAUUCUUCGACUUCACACUCAAUGAGCAGCAAUGGGAACGAUUCAUCGAAACGUCCUAAAAAACCUCCGCCUCCACCACGUGGACAUACGUCAGAUGCCUGGAACGUUAAACCUGCGAGACCGCCUCCGCCGAAAACGAUCGAAGUUCUUCGUCAGUCAAAUUCUUCUUGGUCUAACACCGUCGAAACGAAAUCUGAUAAUCUUUACGCCAAUUUAGGGGAGGCGAGAAGUGGUUUGGCACCGAACAAACCGAUAAGAACUGGAAGUUUAAGAGAACCCAAUUUGGAUACGUCAAAAAGGAUUCCUCCGGUUACGACGACGCAACCCGAGGAUAGCGAUUACGAAUCGUUUGUAGUGUCGUCUGCUUCGCCCAUCGAUGAUAACUUGUACGAAUGCGUUCAAUCAUCGAAAUUCAGGUCGAGUUUACCCGAAUGCGAUUCACUGACGGAUUGUUCUAGUUUGUAUGCCAAAGGUAAAAAAUCAAACGUCACGUCGAGAGACGUGAUGAAUCACAGGCGUUCGGAGGGUAACGUUGAAUUAAAUUCGGAUUUUAAAAUGAAAUUUUUAAGAUCCAUGUCACUACCGUAUUGUGCCAGCGAAACGGAAUCCGAAAUUUACUCUCCCUACAGUUUUUACGGGAGCGAAUUGGGAGAAGAAGAUUACGACGUGUCAUCAACGAAUCAAAUGUUGAAAAUAAGUCGUCUAAAAUUAAAAAAAGGACGAUCGAUCGUACAUAAAAAUCUAGAAGAUAAUUAUGGGGCCGUGAUCGUCGCGAAUCACGAAGCUCUCGCACAAGUCAUAGAACAAAUGAGACAGGGCCCCACCGUUCCCUCGUCUCUCAGGGCUCUCUCGACGGCUGUGAAUUUGAGAUGGACUGAUUUCGUCAUAGGUCAAGAUGCGACGGGUGUCGUGGUGGAAAAAAGAAUUUUUUAUCCCGCCGCGUGGGGAAGUCACAACGUCACGCUUUGCUUGAUGGCGGAACAAGGACUCAAAUCGAGUCUUCAUGCCAAAGGUCCGUUCAGUUUGAAUCCCGUUGCGGAACUCAACGAUUUGGUACCGUCGUCGUACCUACCGAUGUUGAAAAAAGAAGAUUCGGAUCCGGUUCAAGCUUCCAUAUCGGUUCUCACAAGACUUCAGAUAGAAACGGUGGAAACUUACGGUAAGAAUUUCAUACACGGCUCGACGGUGAGUGAGGAAUCGAAAAAAGAAAUUCAUUUCGUCCUCCUUCAAAUAAUAAACGCGUUCAAAACGUUGCAAGCCCAGGGAAUAGAAGAAGCAUCGAUAAAUUUGAUGAAUUUGGUCGUUUGCCGAGAGGAAAAAGAUCCACAUCCGAGGAUAUGCAUAACGGAUUCGUUCGAAAGAUCCGAAAAUGGAAAUUCUCUCUGUCAGUGUCUCAUACACACGAUAAAAGAAAAUUUUCCACCCACGGAUUUGACGAACCUUUUGACGAGCAUAUUGCUCAAAGAGAAAGCCACGUCGCUGUCGCAAGCGAAAGGAAUACUCGAAUUCAUAUUGUGGGGACCCGCGGACAUAAUAUUCGGGAAUUCGAAUCGGGAAAGGGAAUCGUGUUUGCAAAGGUGGUUGGAUUUGGAACGUGCCACGGUAUUGCACGGUCUCGUGAGAACCCGAGCCGAACUCACAGUUUUCGAAGAAUGGCAAUUGUUGUUUCUCGUUAGAACGAGUGCGAAAAUAAUGGCGGAAGCGUCGUUGCUGUUGGAAAAUUCGGGUCACGAAGAAAACGUGUCGACGGCAUGA